AUAGUAUAUGAGACAAAAGCUCAAAAGAAUUCUCAGCUCUAAAAAAAGAAACAACAAAAAAAAAAUAAAAACAAAACAGAAACAUGGGGAUAUACUCGGCCGCCGUGGAAGAAAUAACAUGGUACACGGGACUUUCUCCGGCAGCCUUCUUCACCAUCGCAGCUCUCAUGGUGGUCGUCUACAAGACAGUCUCUUCCAUGUUCGUCUCUCCCGAGGAUUUCAACAAGCCUCCCGUCGCUAUGUCCAUCGAGAAGAUUUCUCAAUCCAACUCCGAUUUUCUCAACAACGUUAUGGCCACCACCACCAAUUCCCAACCACUUCAGUUGGGAGACAUGACCGAGCAGCAACUCAGGGCCUAUAAUGGCUCUGAUCCCAAUAAGCCUCUCCUUAUUUCAAUUAAGGGUCAGAUCUACGAUGUCUCUUCUUCAAGGAUGUUCUAUGGUCCUGGUGGGGCGUAUUCGAUGUUUACAGGGAAGGAAGCGAGCAGAGCUUUGGCUUUGUUGUCUUUUAAGCCUCAAGACAUUAAUGGGAACCUUGAAGAUUUGGGUCCCGAGGAGCUUCAAGUUCUUGAGGAUUGGGAGGACAAAUUCACGGAGAAAUAUGCCAAGGUUGGGCAGCUUGUGCGAGAGCCAAUGCCGGCUGAUCAAGCUGGAUGUGGAGACGAAACACACGAGAUAGAGAAUUAGGAAUAAGAAACGUUUAGAUUAGAAUUAGAUGUACUUUAUAGGGUAAUCCCUUUGUAUUUGGUAAACUUUAUGUUGAGACAUUGCAUAUAUGACUUCUUCUUCCGAUUGGAAGAUUCAAAUUA